UCUUAAGGGUUGCUAAACGGUCAUUGAAUUUUAAAACUGUACACAAGUUUCAUAUUUAAAAUAAAGAAAAAGUGUAAUAAAAAUGCAUUCCCAAUGUUUGCAGUUAAUUUGUGAUGGUCAAGUGGAAAUUGUAAAAAUAACUGAGGAUUUAUAUGAUGCUGCCAUAGAGUUAUUUCGCAAUUACUUUAUGAAAUAUGAAAAUGUCAGCAUAGCCUGUAAUCUGGCCGACUCUCCCGAAACAAAUAGCGAAAUGAUGCUGCUAAUAAAGUCGAUAUUAAAAGACAAUAUCUCCUUUGCUGCCAGAGAUGUUAAAACACAAGAACUGGUGGCCAUAUGCAUCAAUAAAUUACUGAAUCCCUCCGCUCAAAUAACCUUAGAUGAAGUUUUCGCCUCCUUCCAAACCCCCAAUAUGCAGACAGUGGGUAAAUAUCUGCACACCAUUGAAUACACAUAUGACAUCUUUCAAGAAUGGCAAAUUGAUUGUGUCAUUGAGUUGAGUUUCCUCUCCACCCGCACAGAUUAUGGUAGACGUGGUAUUGCCUUAUCUUUGGCCAAAUAUCUGCUUGAAUAUGCUGCUAAGUUGAAAGAGGGAAAUGGAGAGGAGUCACAACAGUUGCCGGAACAUUUAAGGGGACAAAAACCUAAAGCUAUAAUAUCGGCUUUAACCUCACGCUACUCGCAGAUAGUGGGCGAGAAGUUGGGUUUUGAAACUUUAUUUAAGGAAGAGAAUGCUAAUUUUUCAUUUGAGGGCAAGACAUUUGCGGAAAAAAUAGAUGCCAUACACAAGUAUUCGAUAUUUGCGGCCAAGAGAUUGUGAUUGCUGUUGUAUGUAAUUUAAUAUUUUAAUAAGAAAAAUAAAAACUUUGUAUCUUUAAUUCUUUAUAAACAAAGAUCUUAAAAGAAAUAAUUAAUUAA